GGUGUCAGCUGGUGCCAUAGUUGCCCAACUUCGCCAUGGCCCAGUGGAGCAGGGCUAUGAGCUGCGUGAAUGCCUCACCGGGGCCGUUGCGCAGAGCGACCCAUGUCAAUGGCCCUCGCUGUGUGCCGAAAAUGGGUUUCAAGACUCUUGCAGCAGGCGCCGAAGGUGGGCAGCGCAAGAAGCAACAAUACGUAGAAGUGAAAAUUGAGAAAGCCGAGGGAAUACUUGCAAUUGACAAGAGCUCUCGACUACUACAUUCCUUUUGUGCAAGUGCGUACUACCCAGGCGAAUCGGACGAGGUCUGCAAAUCCAGGAGAACCCGUACGGUCCGUGCAAAGAAGCACAUGGGACGGCCGCGCUCGCCCUAUGAGGACGUUUUUUUCUUUGAGACCAUUUUGUUGCCUUAUGAUCCCAGGCAGCAACUUGUCCACGUCGAUCUCUUUCAAGCAGAAGCUGGAAAACCGUUGAAAAUGCCGGACAGUUUGGUUGGAAGGGCGGUUUUGCAGCUGGCUGAUGGGUUUCUCAAGCACCCGGAAGAGUGGCCGCUGCUGUGUGGCAAUGAAUUCGGCGGACUGGUGACAGUCAGCGUCAAAAUUCUUGCACCAGAGACUCGGGAGGCCAAAAUUAUGGUUCCACAGCUGCUUUCCCCGAGCGAAUUUGCAAAAUCUAAAAUGAUUGGCAAAUUUGACAAAGGGGGGAUUGCUUGCGCUUCGCAACAAAUUGGCGAAAGCUCAAAGUUGUGCCGAGAAGGUGAUUCACCCCCGUCUCCUGUAUGGAAGCCCAUGCUGAACGGCCUUGGCGGCUCAUGUGGAUUGGACUUGCCUGUGCCAUCUGUGCCAUUUCCUUCGACAGCUGAGCUGAACGUGCUGACAACUCAGAUGCCGCAGCUCGCAAGGGCGGCGCCAGCAGUGGCUGCUAUGGUGGCAGAGGCCUUGCGUGCGCCGCCGAUUCCUCCACUGGCACCGAUGUUUGCGCCGAUGUUUGCGGCAGCCACGGCAUCCUAUGCCACCCCUUUUGCCCAGUGGGUUCCGUGCUAUUGAGGCACUUGUGGCACAUGACCAGGAACCUGGUGAACAAUUUGAAGGUGCCCAAACUCUGGGUGGCCGAUAGGUCUGAAAGAUGACACAGUGAGUCCACUUCGAGCUUCCCAAGUGCUGAAACUGGCAAAGGAUUCUUUCUGCUUUAUUUAUUGCAUGAUGUCGAAAUCUUGCCGUAGGAUUCUGGACAAAU